AUGUCCGUCAUAUUAAGCCUUACAAUACUUCGUGGGAGGAAUCUCCCAGUUGCCGACAUCACCACAUCAGAUCCCUACGUCAAAUUUGUAGUAGGUGACAAGAGUUUCAAAACUUCAGUAAUUAAAGAGACGUUAGAUCCCAUCUGGAAUGAGACUUACCAAGUGAUAACGACUAUAGGGGAGCAGUUGAUCUUUAAAGUGAUGGACCAGGACUUUGGGAAGAAAGAUGAUUCGAUUGGGAAUUGUUAUUGGAAUGUCCCAGCGAUGUCUAAAGGGGAAGUGGUGUAUGAUAUCCUUCAAAAUACGAUGAAAGGGUUUUUAUAUAUCAAAGCGGAGUGUUUAUCAACUACUAUGGAAAAAUCAGUCACUCUUUUUGAUUUUGAAAAAAAGACUUUACUUCGAGUUAAAGUCCGGAGUGUGUAUAGUUAUUUAGACUCUUUAAUUCCAGUCUUAAAACCUAAAGACGUGAAUUUAAAGACUUUAGCAGACAUGAGAUACUUAAUUGACAUCGGAUGUACCUCUACACCACCACAACGCCUCUCUCGUGUUAUAACAGCUCGUGACAAACCAGCCGGCAAUUUUGUUGAAUUUGAUGAUGAGAUUUAUAUUCGUGCAAUGGUCAAUGAAAAGAUUUAUUUUAACUUCUAUGGCAAACAAAAAGGGGCCAAAAAUUACACAGAGAUCUGCGUCGCCGAGUUCCCAGUUCCCGAUUUCUUACAAGACGAAAAAACUAUUCAAAAAAUUCCAUUUAAGACGCCGGGCUAUGUCGAGAUUUUUGUUCAAUGCUUAGACAGCGUUUAUAACAACGUCGACAAAGAAAAAAUCCCAAGCAAAAAAAUCAUCAAAAAUUGCCACCAAAUCGUCCGAAUGAAAAUCUCCGACUCAAUCGGUUUCACUUCCUUUAUGUACCCUUGUUGCAUCAUCGAGUUCAACAAUCAAAAGUUCUCCUCCUCCCCCGUGUUGUAUCAUAAAGGCGAAGUCGACUUCAACGCCUUCUUCAACGUCGAGGCUAAGCCCGGGACUCAAGCCUCAAUCUCCGUUUUUAACAAAGACUUGAACAAACCCAAUGAAAACGGGAAACUUCUCUGUGAUGGAAAAUUUGUUGUGCCCGAUGUCAAAAUCCACAAGGAACCCGUCGUGAUCGCAUUUAACAAAACGACAAACCUCAAAGUAGAGUUUUUCAAAGUGGGUGGCGUGUCGAAGUAUUUUGGUGACGUGUCCACUCAGAAUAAGAGUGAGAAGACGAGAGAGAAGAUUGAGUUAGUGUUUGAAAAGUUUGAUAGAAGAAGAAGAGGAUAUUUGGAUAGAGCACAAUUCCGAACGGCUAUCCAAUAUCUUGUCCCCGUCGUCGAAAAGACUCUCUCCGUCUUUAUCUUCGCUUACUUUAAUAAAGACGGAAAAGUCUAUUUGGAUAAUUUAAGAGAUGCUAUAGAUGUAUUAAAGAACCAUAACACGCCAAAAGAAAUCACUCAAUUGUUCUUCGACUACGUCGACUUGGACCACAGCGGAACUAUCGAGUUCGACGAAUUUAAAGUCUUCGCACAAAAGACCGGACUCGCUACGGACGACGAAGACUUGGAAAACUUGUUCCAAAAGUACGACGUCGAUAAAACAAAUUUCGUCAGUUUCCAACAAUUCGAGAAAAUGGUCCAAUCUCUCAAGUUCGAAGAAUAG